UCACUGAGCAGAUGAUCUGCAAACAAACAUCCCAAAAAGAAAUUUCUCGAUAAUUUAAGGAAGAUAAUAUCAUUUUGAAAUAUUUGGCAACCUUGGAUAAGUAAUCGUGUUUUCUGAAACAGUUAUUUUACAUCCGAAGAGAAAAACUAGAAUGCAGCUAAUGUUUUCGAAAAGUGUGGUAAGAGCGGUAAUGGCGGAUUUUGUCGUUGCGUCGUAGUUGUAUAUGAAUUAAUUCAAAAUUUACUUAGUGACUAGCCUACUGUGUCUAUUUAUUCAAGAAAUUAAGUCGCGUGGCAGAAGAUUUAUACAGUGUUAAUCCAUUGAAAUUGACAUCAGCUUGCUAUGUACUGAGGCAAAAUGAGUGCUCUAGACUAUCGAAGCAAGACACUUUCGAUGUGGCAUGGCCACAGAGUUGAAGCGACAAGUCCAGCAAUUAUGGAAAGUUUGGACAGUCUCUCCAUAAACAACCGUGAUGGAAAUCAAUCGCUACUCAUGCCUUCAAACCAGGGAAACUUGUCAUUACACGGAAUGCCCUCGCUUCAAGGAAUCAACAUGAAAUCUUCAACGUCUUCCUUCGAAGAACUUCAAAGUUUUCUUCUCAUAGACGGAAGAGAGUAUCUUAAAGUUGCAAAUGCAGAACAAUUCGUAGAAAGGUUGAACUGCACCGAAAAUGGCCUCAAAAUCAAAGUCGUCUCGAUUUUUGGAAACACAGGAGAUGGCAAAAGUCACACUCUUAAUCAGACCUUCUUUAAAGGAAAGGAGAUUUUUAAGACGUCGAAUGAGCAGAGUUCUUGCACUCUUGGAGUUUGGGCGGCUUUUGAUCCGACGCUUAAUGUGAUUUGUUUGGAUACCGAGGGCCUUCUAGGUGUGACAGUACAUGAAAAUGAGCGUACAAGGCUCCUCUUAAAAGUGUUAGCAGUCUCUGAUAUCGUCGUGUACAGAACUCGUGCCGAGAGAUUGCACAGGGACUUAUUUACAUUCUUAGGAGCUGCUUCUCGGGCCUACAGUCACCAUUUUCAAUCUGCUUUGCAGGCAGUUGGACAAAGGGAAGGAGUUUCGGGUUCUUUGAGUAAUUUAGGACCGAGUAUAAUCAUUUUUCAUGAAACUAGGCACACAACUCCUCUAACUAAUGGCGCUUCUGAGAGUGCGGAGGACAUUCUACGAACUCGAUUCGCUCAAAUGCGCUUGGAAAUCGAGGCCUUUAGUUCGAUCAAGUACGUUGGAGUUCAAACUCUCAAUCCACCAACUAACUACGAUCCUUUAAGAUCAGCAAUCAAAAAUGAAUUGGACAACACGACCGUCAGAUCUGCUAGGAAACCACAUUUAGUUUACAGUACCUUGAAAAUUCUCAACGACAAGUUCUCUGGGGAAAUUGAGAAUGUUGCUAAUAUCCUUUUUCCUGAUCAGUACUUUACUUGUCCUGUGAAAUGUUUGAGUUGCGGAUGCAGAUGCCAAAGUAGCAUGGGACAUCUUCGGGAAGACAAACCGCACGUUAGUGACACUCGAUGUCGUUAUCAGCAUCAGUAUGAAAACGUAGUCUACAUUUGCAAAAAGUGUCAUGUAAACGGGAGCGAAGUAGUCGUGACCUGUCGAACUCAGACUCAAAACGAGAAUAGCUGGUAUGGAUUAGCCAAAUACGCCUGGUCUGGAUAUGUGAUCGAAUGUCCACAGUGUGGAGAAAUUUACAGAAGCCGACAGUAUUGGUAUGGAAAUAAAAAUCCUGAGGACGCUGCAGUUCGCACAGAAAUUACUCACGUUUGGAAUAUGGCGAGUCUUUCCCUAACUUCUCAAAACACAGCACAGCGAGUUGUGGACGGAGUUUCUUAUCUGACUGAGGCGGUUACAAACGUUUCUCUUCAGCCAACAAAAGCAAUAACUUCUUGGGUCGCUGACCAGGUCGCCCCGGCUUACUGGCGACCGAAUAAUGAAAUAAGAUACUGUCACAAGUGUAAUAUGUUAUUUGGACCCACUGACACAAAGCAUCAUUGUCGAGCCUGUGGUGAAGGCUUUUGUGCUCAGUGUUCUUCAAAAACAAAAUGCGUGCCGGCUAGGAAUUGGCACACACCUGUGAGAGUCUGUGACUCUUGCUAUCUUAGAGAUUCAAAUUCUAAUGAGGAAGUUGAAAAUUCGGAGGAUGUUAGUGUCAGGAAAGUUUCUGAACAUGUGGUUUCGACCUUCAGCGCUGUUGGCACUGUACUUUCAUACUCCAAAUCGAUUAUAAAGGACACGGUGAGGCCUUCCUACUGGGUUCCCGAUUCGGAAGUCAGCCAUUGUUGCGUCUGUGAGGGCAAAUUUUCUGAUACGGUUCCUUUGCAUCAUUGUCGAGACUGUGGUCGGGGAGUUUGUCAUGAUUGUUCUCAACAUCGCAAACCAGUUCCCCGUCGUGGUUGGGAAAAUCCAGUUCGAGUUUGCGAUUCCUGUACCAAAAUAGAUUAGCAUUCGAAAUAGAUUAGAUAAUUCACGUGAGUGAGUGAUUCUCAAAUAAGUAACUAUAAUAAUACAAAAAAAAGUAGAAUGAACGCUGUAGAUGAAUGACAAGUUGAUGAGGAAGGUGAGAAGUUCACGAUUGACGAAGUCUGUAUGGUUAUUCGAAAUAAGACCUCCGUGUACAUUUCAAAAUCUUCGAAAUCUCAUGAGAAUAUUUUUUUACACAAAAGAACUUUUCUAUUAGGUAUAUUUUUUAUACAAAAACACACAUUUAUUGCUCAGAUAACGUUCAUUUUUCAAGCCCAUUCGCGGUGAUAUCAACGAGGUACAGAAUGUUUGGUGAAAUUGGCAUAAAAGGGGUUGUGCCAUAAAUUGUGAAGUGGCAUUUGUCAGUUUUUAAUGGUUGUAAGCAGUUGUAAGUUGUGAGUUUUGAAAGGUGUAAGCUGUGUAAGUUGUAAGUUAAACAGUUGUGAAAGUUGUAACUUACGAUAUAGUUAUCAAUUGCAUCAGUAGAUUAAUAUUCUUUGUAAGUAUGAGAUAUGCAAUUACCAGAUGCGUAAUUAGAAAGUUUUGUAUGGAAUGUUAUAAGGAAGUAGUUUACAUAUUGGUUUAUGUAACUCGGGAGAGAUGCGUGUUAUUCGAUUCGAAUUUGACAUAAAUUACAGUUUACAGAUUGAAUGUAGAAGACAGAAUUUAAGCAUGUGUAGGGAUUGUUGUGGAGUAAUGAACUCUCACAGGCUUUCCAUUAUUUUUGUUUAUGACUCGUUCGUCAGCUAAAAGAUAUCAUACAUAAAAUCUAACAAGGAUCGCAUUUAUGUAAAAUAUCUUUUGUCAGCUUGGUCCAUCUGGAUCUUCGAACUCUAAGAGUUUUAUUUUAGAAAUGUAAUAUAAAUAUUAUACAGUAAGGUCGUUUUAAUAUGUGUCUACUUGAUAAACGUCCUGGCUGUACACUUUAUCUGAUGAUUAUCUAUCCAACGAGUUCUAUUUAUCUAUUAUAAAUAUAUGUAUCUGAACGUUAAGUCGGCUGUGACAAUUUAGAUUUCCAAAAAUGCAUUUCGUUAGAGGCCAUGUCUUUCAUAAUAGAGUCAAUCAUUUAAUUUAACGGCUAAAGACAUUCCGAAUAUUCGUCUCUGUGAGAUCCGAAAUUUUAGACAAAAUAAAAGAAUUGCUCU